CGCGACCCCAACUAAGCGCAUUCCGUUGAUCUGACAUUGCCAUCAUGGCCAAAAAAGCAUUGAAAACACAAGCACAGUCCAAUGCGGCUACUCUCAAUCGCACCCACCAAAUCUCCCUCGCCAUCAAUGCUCUGUAUCUGGUUUUGAGCCUGCUGGUCUUCCGUCGACGGAAUCUCUUCCUCUACUUCCUGUUCAAUGCCCCCGCUCUCAUCAUCGAAUUCUGGUUCGAUCGCAUUGCUCGUCCUACCUAUGUCGAUGGAGAGCUGAAGCGAGCUGGCGAGGACCUCGAUGCCAAAGGACUGACCGAAUUCAUGUGGGAUGUACUUUAUUGGACGUGGGGUACCAUUGCCCUUGUCUCUCUGGUCGGAGACUACGGGUGGUGGGUUUACGCUGUCGUUCCGUUGUACAGCAUCUGGAGCGCAUGGACCACCUACAGUGGAUUCAAAACUGGAAUGGGAGGCAUGAUGCCCGGUGGCGCGACCGAGCCGGCAGCUGCACAAGGCGGGCAGAGUAAGCGACAAGCUAAGUUGGAGAAGAGAGGAGGGCAGAAAGUGCAGUACCGGUGAGGAGGGGAGCGCAC